AUGGAACGAUUUGGUGGCAGCAAAAUAUACGACAGAUAUGAACAAUUUGCCAUCGCUGGCGAGGACGAUCAAUACAGACUGAACAUCUCUGGUAAGGCUGUGGGCAAUGCAAGAGGUGAUGAGUUGAGUUACCACAACAAUCAGAAAUUCAGCACAUUCGAUCGUGAUAAUGAUGCUUGGAAUAGUGGCAACUGCGCAAGUAAAGAUAAAUAUGCUGGUGGCUGGUGGUACAACAGCUGUGCAGGAUGCAAUUUAAAUGGCAAAUACUAUAAUUCUAUGGAGUUCAAAAAGGAUAACAAAUUUUGGGAUGGCAUCAUCUCGUUGAAAACAGUUAAAAUGCUUAUACGACCCAAGAGCUAUUGA